GGACACCUGGGUCCCUCCCGAGCGGGCUUGUGUACACGGGGGCGAGUCCCCCUCUGCAACCCUCUGAGCGCAGGUGGAUAAACAGCCGCAGAAGCAGGAAAUCGGGGGCUGCCGGGGGUGGGGAUCGGAGCCCCAAAUCCCCCCCCCGCCAGCUGAGCCAGGUCCGGGGCCGCAGGAGAGCACCGGAGCGGUGUUUUCAGUCUGGGGGGGGGGAGCAAUGGCGCUGGCUGGAGAUGGGGAAAUUGUGACUGAUGCUUUUGCAGCGAAGGCAGACGGGCCCAAUGGGCAUUUCUGCUCUGCCUGCGGAAAGACGCUCCAUGGAGUAUAGUAUGUAGGGCUGCCAGGGGUCCCGCUUUGUCCAGUCGAAAAAGGGACCGGACACUCAACAUCCGGUUAUCGGUGUAACCGCAAUCAGCCUCUCGGGGCAGAGGGCGCCAGAGCAGCAGCGGCUGCCCCCGGGAGAAGCUGCUAAUGGAAAGAAGUGGUCCCAGCCUCCAGCAGAGUGAGAUGCUGUGUGUUAAGCGUCAGGGUAGUCCAGAAAAAUGAAGAUGAUACUGAGAAUAAACCUCUAUGACAGAACUGUGUACUUUAAGGAAUGCCAGUGCGCAACCACAAGCAGUGGGGAGCAACUGGCCUUUAAAGAGCUAAGUGCCUAGCCAGCAGGCAUCAGCGGUCAGCUACAUAGUUAGCGUCACAGCAUCCACAGUCGAUGCUCUUUUAUCUGGCGUCUAAACUGUGCUGCAGUCAGACUAAUGUGAGGUGAAAUGGCAACACCUGAAAAGAGAAAGAUUCGAAGGCUGUGCUCUUUUAAAGACAAGUGGUUGCAACUCCCAGCGUAUCGGAAUUGGCUUAUGAAGGCAAGUGAAGACUCGGGAUAUUGUUCUAUUUGUCGUGUUCAAUUCACGGUUAAGUUUGAUUCUGUAAAAGCUAUCAAGCAUCAUGCGGAGACUCCGGGUCACAAAAUCAAAGUACGAGCACAGGUACGGUCUAGUACUAUUGAUCAAUUCUUCGUAAAGGCUGAUACCUCUGAAGAACAACACAUGUGCACAGCUGAAUUGCUUUUAACAUAUCAUGGAGUUAAACACCAGCACAGCUACCGUUCUCAAGAUUGUGGAAGUACGUUGUACCGCUCCAUUUUCACUGAUUCCAAGAUAGCUUCCAAAAUUCACUGCGGAAGGACAAAAGUGGAGGCUUUGAUCGAGAAUGUGUUAGCCCCCCAUUCAUUGAAAAUGGUCGUGCAAGACAUUGGAUCAACACCGUUCUCAAUAGCAAUGGAUGCUUCUAAUAAAGGGAACCCAAAAUUAUUCCCAGUUGCCGUCCGCUACUUUAAUAAAGAUAAGGGAAGCUGCAUGUGUAUCAUAGACUUUUUCGAGGAUGCCGACGAAACAUCAGAGGCAAUCGCAAACAACUUAAAAAGUUGUCUUCAAAAUGCUGGUCUGAUACAUAAUAAAAUCGUGGCAUAUGGAGCAGACCAUGCAUCUGUUAAUUUUGGAAAACACAAGUCUGUUUUUGUGCACCUAAAACAGAUGUUGGAUUUACCAAACCUUGUGCCGGGCCAUUGCAGCGCUCACAUAGUACACAAUACAGCGAAACAUGGCUUGAAAAUGCUUUCUUAUGAUGUAGAGCACUUGGUCAUCAACGUUUUCAGUGAAUUCUCGUCUAGUGAAAAGAAUAUUAGUGAACUCAAAGAGUUCUUUGACUUAAUGGAGACAGAAUAUUCAGACAUCUUACCCCACAUAUCCACACGUUUUCUGACCCUUUUCACGGCUGUAGACAGGUUACUGAAGAGUUGGCCAGCACUCAAAUCUUACUUUGUGAGCAAAGGAGAGGAAAAUGUGUGCUGUGCAAUAUGGGCCUUCCUUUCUGAGCGAGAGCAUGCAGUGUCCGACGAUGAAACUCUUACGCUUCCUGAGCUGUACCUCUAUUUUGUGCACAACAUUAUGAGCCAACUUAACAACACCAUAAAGGUUCUUGAGAGUGAUUACGUUGGAGCUGAGGAGAGAGAUUCAGAAUCGACAGGAGAAAGGAUUCUAUGGGUACAGGGUGACACAGUUCUUGAAGAAACUACCACCUAA